AUGGCUGCGGCUACAGUCGUACCUACAGAUUCGGUCUCUUCCGACAUCCCAGCCGACGUCACCACACGAGCAGCAGAAGCAGUCCGACGCUCAGCAAAGCGCACACGAGAAGUCUUUGCAGCAGACUUCGCCCAACCCUCGGCUCUUGAGACAUCAGCACAACCCACUGCAGCACCCUCACAACCCUCACCCUACGAAAGCGCCCAGAGAGCCAGUGUUGCAGCAAGGAUACGGAGCGAAUAUGCAGACGUACGAGAGCUCCCAGCAGGGCUGGCAGCAAAGCAAGCAAAUGCCCAAGGGGGACUCGUAGCACGGCGGAAGAAGCCAAAGACCGAAGAACAAGCCAGCGAUCCGCACAUGGCGAAGAUGAUUGAGGUUGCGGGUCCCGCACGAACGACAUCUCAAACAAAUGGCACAUCCACUGCUCUUUCCCGAAUACAAGGCACAGCAGGCGCGAAAGCACCACCUAAUGCUAAUGGACCGAUACCACAGCGAAACACACCAUCUUCCAGUCUUGUACGGAGAGACACCCUAUUCCGUGUCAUAUCAGGCCACCUUGGCUGGGUCCGAGCUCUUGCCAUGGAACCAGGGAACCAAUGGUUCGCUUCUGGAGCUGGCGACCGCACGAUCAAAAUCUGGGACUUGGCGACAGGAACACUGAAGCUCACGCUUACCGGCCACAUCAGCACUGUACGAGGCCUGGCAGUGUCUCCACGACAUCCCUACCUCUUCAGCUGUGGCGAAGACAAGAUGGUGAAGUGCUGGGAUCUCGAGACGAACAAAGUCAUCCGGCACUACCACGGUCAUCUUUCUGGCGUCUACACCCUCGCGCUCCACCCCACGUUGGACGUCCUCUGUACCGGAGGCCGAGACGGCGUGGUCCGAGUCUGGGAUAUGCGGACAAGAAGUAACAUCCACGUCCUCAGCGGGCACAAACAAACCGUCUCUAGUAUCGUGACGCAAGCCACGGAUCCGCAAAUCAUCUCCUCAUCUCUCGAUAGCACGGUGAGGAUGUAUGACCUCGCGGCAGGCAAGACGAUGGGAGUUCUUACGCACCACAAGAAGGGCGUACGAGCACUCACGACUCAUCCGACCGAGUACACCUUCGCCUCCGCAUCCCCGGGUCAGAUCAAACAAUGGCUUUGCCCUGAAGGCCAAUUCAUGCAGAACUUCGAAGGCCACAACGCCGUAAUAAACAGUCUAGCAGUAAACGAAGACAAUGUCCUCUUCUCUGGCGGCGACAACGGGAGCGUGGCGUUCUGGGACUGGAAGACGGGUCACAGAUUCCAGUACGAGGAUAGUAUCGCGCAGCCGGGCUCGCUCGAUGCUGAAGCGGGCAUCAUGAGCUCGACUUUUGAUCUGACGGGUUUGAGGUUGAUUACGGGAGAGGCGGAUAAGACGAUUAAGAUUUGGAGACAGGAUGAGAAUGCUACUGAGGAGACGCAUCCCCUUGAUUGGCGGCCGACGCUUGGGAGGCAGAAGUUUUGA